AUGCAACAACAGAAGAAAAUGGAAGGAUCAGUAGUCUCUCCUAGCUUCACUUGUUACUCUUCUGAUAGUUUAACAUCAAUGGCAGUCACCAAAGUGAUCCGUGAACAAGAGGUAAACGAUUUCGAGUUUUCGUUGGUUUUAAGCGACCAGGAUGUUUCAACGGAAGAAAAAGAUUCACGAGGCGGGACUGUUUUUCCUGUUUUCAAUCGUGAUCUACUGGUGAAAGAUGAGGAAGAUCGUGAGGCUAAAGCAAAGGAAAAUGAGCUUCAUCUUUCUUCUUCUAUUACUGGUUCUAUACAGAAACUGUUAAUAAAAGAGCGAGAAGAAUCUUCUUUGUAUUCAUCAUGGGAAGAGGAAGAAUCGGAAAGUCUACAUUCUAAAACAUACUGCAUGUGGAGGCUUAAGGUUAAUGGUGGAUCGCCACCUUGUAUGAGUAAAUGUAAGAAGAGUAGUUCGGCUGGAUCUCGAACGAAGAGGUGGAGCAUCCGGUAUUUUUUUCUCCGGAGGAGCAACAGCGAGGGUAAGGAACCGGUGGUGCUUUUGACUCCUACGAAGGUCAAUAGUACAAAACAGAAACGGAAUUCCGGUGAGGUUUUAAAAGUCGCCGGCCGAUUGAAGGUGCAAACUCCUGUACAUGAACUGUUUUACGUGCAAAGAAGAGCUGAAAAUGAAGUGGUUAGGAGGAAAUCGUAUCUACCCUACAAGCAAGAUCUGGGGUUCUUCUCAAAUGUCAAGGGAAUGGGCAAAAUUCUUCCAUUUUAA